UUCCUCAAAAAUCUGGAAUUUAUAACAAUUGUAAAUGACAAAAUAAUAAUAUUUGUAUUUUGUUUUCCAUUCAAUUGGGAAAAUACCCUCUGAUUGACAUAUUGUAAUUUUUUUUUAUUUAACAGUUUAUUUAAAUCCGUUAUUUUAUAAUAUUAAUCAUAUUAUGCAUUGUUACUGCACAUAGUAUGCGUUUCCGCUUGUAAACAAAAGGUGUAUUGAUUGGAGUUUCGUAUUUUGUUUUAUGUAAUAUAUUAAUCUCGAAGGGAUGAAAGGGAAAAAGGAUCUAGAAUCGGAUACUCCAGACAAUGUGUGCCGCGAUUUCAUGCGCAAUGUUUGCAAUAGAGGCAAAUCUUGCAAAUUCUUUCAUCCUCCGAUAGAAGAGGAUAAGCGUAAAUAUGUAUUUUGCCACGACUUUCAAAAUGGCAAGUGCAGUCGCCAUGACUGUCGGUUCAUUCAUUGUUCUCGAGAGGAUGAGGAAUACUAUAAUCAAACCGGACGCAUGGCACCGGAUGUUCUGAGAACCUUAGAAAUGAGCGGCGCGCCCUCUUCUGAGGACAUACCUAUUUGCAAAGACUACUUGAAAGGCAAUUGCCAUCGCAGUCAAGCGCAUUGUAAAUUCCGACAUGUAGAUCAACCGCAUGACAUACCCGUUAGAGGUCCUAGUGGUCCUUAUAACGCACCACAACCACCAACAAUGCCACCUAACUUCGGCAACGAACCGUUUCGCAGGCGUUUUGAAUAUGAUGAAGAACCCGAUCCCAAGCGCAGGCGCUAUGAUUUCGACAACAGAAUGCCGCUAGGGCGUCCGUUCCCAAGUCGCGACAUGGAAUUUGCUGCUGCUCCGCCCGGGUCUACGCAACAACAACCUUACUGGUUGUUGCAAGACGAAGUGGAGAUGUUGCGCAAGCGCGUGGCCGAAUUGAAAAAGCGUAAUGAGGAACUGCAGGCAACUAACGAAUUUUUGUUGGAACAAAACGCACAGCUGCGCAUUAAUGAACAAGCGCCCCUGCGCAGCACCCAGCAAAUGGUGAGCGCUAUACGCACCGUGACCACAGUCCCAGUCAGCUUGGCGGCGGUGGCUGCGGCCGGCACGCCCGUGUCCAUAGCUACCGUCUCCAUGGCUCCGAUUCAGAUACCACCUGUUGUAUCUGGAUCUGGCCCGCCGCCCCUGCCGCAGUCGACUAACUCGCAGCCUUUGGUAUCUUAUCCUAUUGGCAGAUCAACAUCGGCCCAACACUAUAUCCAACCGUAGUUCAUGAACAAUGAGAAUGGGAACAUUACUAAUAGAGAUUUGACAUUAACAAAACAAAGAAUGUAUGAUUUAUAUUUCAAUAGGAACGUAUUAUAAUUUUUUUCUUUUUUAACUCCUUUAUCACCCGUUUUAUGUAAACUUAUAAAAUAAAAUAAUGUGAGUUGUAAAAUUAAUAGAAGUACAUCAAAUUUUUGACAACAGAUAAACUAAAUUUCAUGAUAAUUGUAUUUUUUUUUUUUUUUUAAUUGCUAUUAUUAUUAAAAUACAGUACGGCAUAUUAGUAGAUACGAAAAUAUAGCUUUAAAUACUAUUUAAAUUGUAUAAAUAUAUUGUACGUAUAAACAGAUUUAAUAUCUCAUUUUAUGUAAUUAAUAUUAAGAGAUACUGGCUUUGCAGUAGUGUGUUUUACUUAAUUGACUCAGAAUUUUUCUUAUUGACUAGUCAGUAAAUUGGUUAUAAGAGGUAGAUAAAAAGUUAAGUUAUUAAAUUGCAAAACUUACUUAUGGUCAAAAGUAGAUAAAAAUUUUACAAUAUUAAACUUAUAUUAGCGCAAGCUAUGUUGUGCAAAUAGUUAAGGUACUGCAAAAGUACACUCAACUCAUCAUCAUCGUCGUCCUCUCAAAUGACUUUCCUUAUUUUGUCACUGGAGCCUAUCAUAAUUAUUUUCAUUCGAAACAGACCUAUGAUUCCGUUCAAGGAUAUGCAAAAAAAAUCUGUCAGUUACUUCUCGGUGUAAGAAAUAAAUUGAAUUGUAACUUUAUAUCAUUAAUAAACUAUCCAACAUCAUUA